CGUAUGAAAAUCGAGUUAAUGAUAUUAAAUCCAAGAAAAAAAUUGAUGAUCAAUCAGCGAGAACUUUGUCUAUACAUUAUUUGAAAGAUAAAAUUAGGCAAAUAACAUACAGUGCAAAUACUAUUUCAAGUUUAAAAGAUGAUCAGAUUCAAAAUAUCAUAAAUCAUUUUCUUAAAAAACAGACUAACCCAGACGAUAAAAAUAAUUGCCAAAAAAAGAUCAGCAUUCUGAAACAGAACGCGCAUGUGACUGAAUCAUCUAACUCGAAUGGCACAUCAAAUAUUAAGGCAAGUAUACCUACUGAAUCGUCUCAUACCUCUAAUUCAGAAGAUAUGAUAAAUGAGAAAGUUAAAGAUUUACCGAAGACUAAGGCAAGUAUACUGUCUAAUCCAACUUGUGAUCAUGUUUAUUUCCGUAAUAAAAUCUUAAAGCAAUACCCUAAUUUAUGCCAAGAAGAUAGUGAUGGAAACAACGAUUAUUAUGGAAUUACUGAUGAAUCUUUAUGCCCGCUAUACAAAUUAGAUCAUGAUGAUGAAAAUGGUAUAGAAGGCAGAUAUGAAAUUAGAUCUUAUAAUCUUAAAUGUGAACAGCGUGGAAUUGAAAUUGAAGUAACAGUAUAA